AUGGAGAUGACGCGGGUGGCGCACGACGUCGCCUCGGAGCGGUGGGGACGGGACGUCAUAGUCGGUGAUUGCGCGUCGUACGUCGAGGCGAUGCGACAGAUGCGUCGGUGCAUCCCGGAAUCGACGUCGUGUGAGGGGGUGGUGAUGCUGAGGGUGAUCGCGGACGAGGCGAUCAUCGGCGCGCGGACGACGAGCGGCGGGCGACCGGGACCGGUUUUCUCGGCGGAGCAACGGUUCGAGCGACGGACGCGACCGCUGACCGUGGAUGAGGUCGUUUCGAGCUGGCCGGAGAUUAAAUUAAUGAGCGUGCUAAAGUGGGGGGAGGAGGUGGAGUCAACUGUGGGAUGGGACGGGCGGAAGAUGAUGCCCGCCGGGUUGCAGGACGCCGUGGACAAAGUCCGGGUGAGCGAUCAAAGGAAGGGAGAGCAGUUCGUGUACGAGGAUCUCAAGCCAUUGAUUCGAUCGGCACUGCAGCGUGGGUCAACAGUGUACGUCAUGAACUCACGAGGUCGACCUAUCGAGGCCUGCAGGGAUGUUUUGAGAGAGAACGGUUUUUCUGUGCUAGAGGAUGACGACGGCGUCGGCAUUCGAGUCGUAAAUGUGGAAAAUUUCGCCUCGCGAUCCCUUGCGGCCGCGAACCUCAUCGCCACCACCGCUCGUCCGGGCGAGCACUGGCACGUUAUCGAUGGUGAUAUCGACGAACUCGAGCGGUUCAAUGACGCGGACUUUGGCGAUGAGUAUGCUUCGCUCACUGAGGGCGUCACAGUCACUCUGAGACUUGCCGGCUACGCGUACGCGAGUCCGAAGGCGAUUCACCGAGCGUCGCUGUCGCGUAAUAUCUCUUCUUUGACAGCGGCUUCGGCGAAAACAUUGGCGCUAAACUUCCUCGGCGAUUUCGCUUCGGUGACUCCGACGACGAAUCUCUGA